AUGAUAACCAUUGUGGCUUCGUAUAAUGUCACUCCAAAUCAACCAACUCCUAAAGAUCCCUUAUGGCUAUCCGACAGUGACCAAGUCGGGCACCUAAGUCAUGUACCCACAAUCUACAUUUACAAAGCAAAACACAACAACACCAUCAUUGAGAGGUUGAGAGACUCUCUUAGCAAGAUUUUGGUGUUCUACUAUCCAGUGGCUGGUAGAACGACGUUGACAGAAAGUGGUAGAAUGGAAAUGGAUUGUAACGCAAAAGGAGUGACACUGCUUGAAGCUGAAACCACAAACACAUUGGGUGAUUAUGGAGACUUUUCACCCUCUGAAUCCACCAACAAACUUGUUCCAACCGUUGAUUACCCUCAACCUAUAGAGGAGCAUCCCCUAUUGCUGGUGCAAUUAACAAAGUUCCAUGGUGGUGAAGGCUUUGCCAUUGGAAUUGCUAUUUUUCAUCCUUUGGUUGAUGGCACCUCCGCUAUUAAUUUCAUCAACACAUGGGCAAAGCUGGCUCGAGGAGAAAUACUAGGGCAUAAUGAAAUGCCAUUUCUCAACCGAACAUUACUAAAAUUCCCACACCAGCCAUCGACAACACGCAUUGAUAUCCCCCAGUGGGGUUCAACGCAACAACACAAAACAGACGAAGUUACUCAAAAGAAGAGGGAGAUGAGUGUUGAGGUGCUCAAACUCACAUCAAGCCACGUGGAGAAGCUUAAGAAGAAGGCUAACGACCAAUCUUUGAAAGAAGGGUCGAGGCCUUAUAGCAGAUUUGAAGUUAUUUCUGCUCACAUAUGGAGAUGCUAUGAAAAGGCUCGUGAAAUUGGUGAGAACCAUCCAACCAGAGUUAGCUUUUCUGUUGACAUUCGCAAUAGGUUGAUUCCACCACUCCCUCAAAACUAUUUUGGGAAUGCUUUGGCAAAAGCAGUGACACCUAAAUGUUGUGUGGGAGAUAUCAUAUCAAGUCCGUUAAUUUAUGCUGCUCAAAAGAUAAGGGAAGCAGUUUAUGCAGUUACGGAUGAGUAUAUAACGUCACAAUUGAGUUCUGUUUUUGGGCAAGGGCAUUUGGAUAGCAUAAGGGCCUUUUUCUCUGGACAAGGAAGCCUUAUUAGUUCCCCAGAUCCUAAUGAUCAUGUCUUUAUAUCGACAAGUUGGAUAACCAUGCCAGUGUAUGAUGCAGAUUUUCUCUAUGUGCCUUUCUUCUUUCUUGUUUGGGUUGUUGACUGCUGUGCAAGUACUACUGGUCAAACUGGGCAUGCUUUAUUGCAUCUGGAACGGCCCGUUCUACAACUAGAACGGUCCGUUCCUCUUGCAGUCUUUGUGUGUAAAUUGUCCAUCUGGAACGGGCCAUUCUGGUUUAGAACGGCUGUUCCGGACAAUAAAUACACAAACGACUGUAAGCAGAACGACCCGUUCUGGUUGCAGAACAGGCCGUUCCGGAUCACAAAAAUGAUAACCAUUGUGGCUUCAUAUAAUGUCACACCAAAUCAACCAACUCCUAAAGAGCCCUUAUGGCUAUCCGACAGUGACCUAGUCGCGCCCCUAAGUCAUGUACCUACAAUCUACAUUUACAAAGCAAAACACAACAACACCAUCAUUGAGAGGUUGAGAGACUCUCUUAGCAAGAUUUUGGUGUUCUACUAUCCGGUGGCUGGCAGAUUAAUGUUGACAGAAAGUGGUAGAAUGGAAGUGGAUUGUAACGCAAAAGGAGUGACACUGCUUGAAGCUGAAACCACAAACACAUUGGGUGAUUAUGGAGACUUUUCACCCUCCCAAUCCACCAAGAAACUUGUUCCAACCGUUGAUUACACUCAACCUAUAGAGGAGCAUCCCCUAUUGCUGGUGCAAUUAACAAAGUUUCAUGGUGGUGAAGGCUUUGCCAUUGGAUUUGCUAUUUUUCAUCCUUUGGUUGAUGGGAUCUCCGCUAUUAACUUCAUCAACAAAUGGGCAAAGGUGGCUCGAGGAGAAGCACUAGGGCAUAAUGAAAUGCCAUUUCUCGACCGAACAUUAUUAAAAUUCCCACACCAACCAUCGGCAACACGCAUUGAUAUCCCCCAGUGGGGUUCAACGCAGCAACACAAAACAGACAAAGUUACUCAAAAGAAGAGGGAGAUGAGUGUUGAGGUGUUCAAACUCACAUCAAGCCACGUGGAGAAGCUUAAGAAGAAGGCUAACGACCAAUCUUUAAAAGAAGGGUCGAGGCCUUAUACCAGGUUUGAAGUUAUUUCUGCUCACAUAUGGAGAUGCUAUGAUAAGGCUCGUGAAAUUGGUGAGAACCAACCAACAAGGGUUCGGUUUAGUGUUGACAUUCGCAAUAAGUUGAUUCCACCACUCCCUCAAAACUAUUUUGGGAAUGCUUUGGCAAGAGCAGUGACGCAUAAAUGUUGUGUGGGAGAUAUCAUAUCAAGUCCGUUAAUUUAUGCUACUCAAAAGAUAAGGGAAGCAGUUUAUGCAGUUACUGAUGAGUAUAUAAGGUCAUAUUUGAGUUCUAUUUUUGGGCAAGGGCAUUUGGAUAGCAUAGAGGCCUUUUUCUCUGGUCAAGGAAGCCCUAUUAGUUCCCCAGAUCCUAAUGAUCAUGUCUUUAUGAUGACAAGUUGGAUAACAAUGCCAGUGUAUGAUGCAGAUUUUGGAUGGGGAAAGCCUGUGCAUUUUGGUUUAGGAAUUGAAUUUCGAGAACAUAGAGCAGUGAUUCUUCCAAGUUCAGAUGGAGAUGGUGUUAUUGUCUCCUUGAGUUUCCCAACAGUUCAUUUGCAACUUAUCAAGAAAUUCUUCUACGAGGAUAUAUGAAAUAUUAAUAUCCACAUUUUAAAAGUCCUAGGUUUGCUUAUGCAUACAUUUUAUGUGUGUCGUGAUUUUCUUUGUUUAGGAACUUAGCAUGUAAUCCAUCUCCAUGUUCUAUCACAUCCUUACUUUCAAUAAAAUGAAAUUGCGUGUGUGAUGUACAAUUUUAUGCAUUGAAUAAAGUUCAUAGAUUUUCAUCAAA